AUGGUCUUCUUACCACAAUUAGAGCGCGUUGUACAGCUACAACAGGAGCCAGAAAACCAAGGAAAGAACCUGAUACCCGUGUACCUGGAUGCUGUCGCUGACCUGGACACACCCGUGAGUGUGCUGCUCAAGCUGCGCGAGGGUCAGAAGCACUCUUUCUUGCUCGAGUCCGUGGCACCAGGCGAAAAGAUUGCACGAUACUCGUUCAUUGGUGCCGGGCCACUUAAGAUUGUGGCCACGGGCAUGGGACAAAGCUUUGAAGGUGAUCCGCUUGUACAUUUGGAAAAAGAGAUGCAGCAUUUUCGUGUCGUGACGCUGCCGGAGCUUAAUUUGCCCAUGACGGGCGGAGCUGUGGGCUACUGCAGCUUUGACGCCAUACGUCACUUUGAACCCAGGAUUGCGCCAUACAUAGAAGCCCAGAAGGACGUGCUGCAAGUGCCCGAGAGUGUCUAUAUGCUCUUCGACACGGUUGUAAUCUUUGACCAUGUGUACCACUCACUCAAGAUCGUGUCGCAUUGCCGUCUGGACACGGGAGAUCUUGUAGCUGCCUAUAAGGAAGCGACUGACAAGAUUUUGGCGGUUGACACUGCUCUAAAGAAGCCGCUCGUGCGCACGUCUAGUUUUGCGUAUACGAACGCGCCUACAGCGUCCAAGAUUGAUCUAGAAGCAGCUUCGAACAUUGGCAAGGCGGGAUACAUGGGUUUUGUGAAGAAACUCAAGAAGCACAUUGUCGACGGUGAUAUUUUCCAGGCAGUACCGUCGCAACGACUUGCCGUGGAUCUUCCAAAGGGCGUGACACCGUUGGACCUGUACCGUCAGAUGCGGGCCAUUAACCCGUCGCCGUACAUGUUUUACUUGGACAUAAGCGAUGACUUCCAGAUCGUGGGCGCAUCACCAGAAAUGCUGGUCAAGGUGGAUCACGACCGCGUCGUCGAGACACACCCAAUUGCUGGCACUCGUCAUCGUGGUGCCAAUGAGGCAGAAGACAAGUUGCUGGAGAAGGAGUUGCUUUGUGACGAGAAGGAGCGUGCCGAGCACAUUAUGCUGGUGGACUUGGGCCGCAACGAUGUUGGUCGGGUGGCCAAGCCGGGCUCUGUCCGGGUAGAGCGCCUCAUGCAAAUCGAGAAGUAUUCGCACGUGAUGCACAUUGUCUCCGUGGUCAAGGGUGAUUUGCGGGACGAUCGAACGGUAUACGACGCCUACCGUGCCAUGUUCCCUGCCGGUACCUUAUCUGGUGCCCCGAAAGUGCGUGCUAUGGAGCUGAUUUGCUCCCUGGAGACCGAGCGACGUGGUGUAUACUCUGGCUCUGUGGGGUACUUUAGCUUUUCUGGAUUUCUUGACACGGCUAUUGCCAUUCGUACAGUGGUGGUCAGGGAUGGCAAGGUCUACGCGCAGGCAGGUGGUGGCAUUGUAUACGACUCUGACCCACAAGACGAGUACAUGGAGACAUUGAACAAAUUGGGCUCGGCUAUCAAGACAUUGGAAAAAUGUGCCGCUCACGUGGCAUCAACAGUGUAA